AUCAGUGUGGCCCCAGAAGUGCCACCUGUCAGUGCUCAUCAGUGCCACGUGCCAGUGCCCAUCAGUGCCACGUGCCAAUGCCCAUCAGUGCCACAUCAAUGCCACAUAUCAGUGCAUACCAGUGCACAUCAAUGCCACAUAUCAGUGCUCAUCUGAGCUGCCUUUCAAUGUCACCCAUCAGUGCCAGUCAGUGCCACCUAUCAAUGCCAAUCAGUGCCACCUAUCAGUGCUGCCAAUCAGUGCCACCUAUCAGUGCCAGUCAGUGUCGCCUAUCAGUGCGCAUCAGUGCCAUCAGUCAGUGCCAUAUAUCAGUGUCAUGUAUCAGUGUCAUGUAUCAGUGCUGCCUUUCAGUGCCCAUCAGUGAUGCCUGUCAAUGCCCAUCAGUGCAACCUACCAGUGCCUCCUCAUCAGUGCCCAUCAGUGGCACCUAUCAGUGUCCAUCAGUGCAGCCUAUCAGUGCCCAUCACUGCAGCCUCAUUAGCGCACAUCAGUGAAGGAGAAAAAUCACAUAUUUACAAAAUUGUAUAA